AAUAAUUAUAACAACAUGUUAAACUGCCUGCCUAGGAAGGUUCUCCUCCUACCUAGUCAACAACAUCAGCUGUCUCUCUAUACUUAUGAAAUCAUUCAUUCAUACAUACAUUAAAUAAUUCAAAAAACCCAGAACCAAGAAAGUGUGAGUGACAGUAUAUGCAGGACAGAAUACGCAGGCACAUUUACCUCUUGCUGGAUAGUAACUGCUUUUGGAAAAUUAACUGGUAAAGACGAUCUGUAUUUGGGGAAGCCCUGUAGGAUGCGGAGGUGGCUUUGUGGUUUUUUUCAUGCGGAGGAGCCUGGCCUGUCAAAUGACAAUGAACUCAAAAAAUAUUCCAGUUACACAGAUGGGAACCAGAAGGGGAUGAAAGUACCUCCUGUAGUCAAAUCGGAGGUGCCAAAACCCGUGCCAACCAUUCGAGUGCCCGCAAUUUCAUUAGAUGAGCUGAAAGAAAAAACUAACAACUUUGGAUCAAAGGCAUUGAUUGGUGAAGGUUCAUAUGGAAGAGUUUACUUUGCAGACUUGAAUAAUGGCAAAACGGUGGCCGUCAAGAAGCUUGAUGUUUCUACCGAGGAAGAAUCUAGCAAUGAGUUUUUAACUCAGGUUUCCAUGGUCUCCUCAUUGAGUCAUGACAAUUUUGUUGAGUUGCACGGAUAUUGUGUUGAAGGAGAUGUUCGUGUCCUAGCAUAUGAAUUUGCAACCAUGGGAUCUCUACAUGACAUCUUGCAUGGUCGGAAAGGUGUGCAAGGAGCACAACCAGGGCCUGUGCUUGAUUGGAUGCAACGAGUAAGGAUUGCUGUGGAUGCAGCCAGAGGACUCGAGUACUUACAUGAGAAAACGCAGCCUUCAAUAAUACACCGAGAUAUUAGAUCCAGCAAUGUGCUGUUGUUUGAAGAUAUGAAAGCCAAGAUUGCUGACUUUAAUCUUUCGAGUCAGGCACCAGAUAUGGCUGCUCGUCUGCAUUCAACCCGAGUUCUGGGAACUUUUGGCUAUCAUGCACCAGAAUAUGCAAUGACGGGACAGUUGACACAGAAAAGUGAUGUUUAUAGCUUUGGGGUUGUGCUACUUGAGCUUUUAACAGGUCGGAAACCUGUUGAUCAUACGAUGCCACGUGGACAGCAGAGUCUCGUCACUUGGGCUACUCCAAGGCUAAGUGAAGACAAAGUUAAACAAUGUGUAGAUCCAAAACUUAACGGAGAGUAUCCUCCAAAAGCCGUUGCAAAGCUUGCAGCAGUGGCAGCAUUGUGUGUACAGUACGAGUCUGAAUUUAGGCCAAAUAUGAGCAUUGUGGUCAAAGCACUUCAACCACUCCUGAAGGCAGCCACUCCUGCACCUGUGGCCGAGGUCUAGGCAUCUCUUAAAAUCAGGUGUCGAUCCAGGAUAUUAAUAAUGGAACCGGUAACCAGACAGAUGACGAGACUGCCUCUGAUUCAGAACAGGUUCGGUCUUAAACUGGUCCGUUAAACUGAUACUAUCUUUGGGUUUACUAUGGUUUGAAAAAGAUAUACAAUUGAGAGAUGAUACUGGUUUCGAUCCCUGGUGUCAUCAGUCGAAAAUGGACGUUUAGUCCUUUUGAUAUCCA